CCGAAAACCGAAUGAUAUUCGCGCGUUUAAAUUUUAUUUUCGUAUAAAAUAAUAAAAUAAUAUCGUUAUUAGAUUAUUUAUAAAAAUUAACAAGAGUUUAUGUUAUUGUUUUGAUAGAAAAAGACACAAAUUAUGGAUCUAUUUGAACCUCAUUUGAUUACAAAGAAAGAAGUUCGAUUUUCUGAAUGUCUCGUCCAAGAACCCUCAAGCCCUGAAGAAAAUUUCGGUGACGUAUUUGGUGGAAUAAUAAAAUCUGGACAAUGGGGAUGGCUUACCAACGGCUCGCGCCUCUGCAUUACCUCACUGCGAACCGGUCAGUCCAUAUCUAAAUUCGAUUUUGAUGCCAGCAAUGGGUUUGGUGUUUGCAUCAUUACAUGCGUUUCGGAAAUCCAAAUGCCAUACUUGAAGGAUACACUGAUUGCAAUUGGAAUCCAAUAUGCCGACAGUCCUGGAGGUCUUGUCGUCUUGUAUUCAGUGGAAGAGUCAACAGUUAUUUGUUGCAUUGAUUUAAAACAUAAAAUAACUUGUUGCCGAUUUAUAAGUCAUGAGGUCUCGCAGCAUACUAUUUUGCAAAAUAUGGAUGGGUGUUUGGCUGUGGGCACUGAUGGGGGCAGUGUAUUGCUUGUGGAUCUCAGUUUACGCAACAUCGUUGAUGUACCGGCUUCGAAGGACGAUGCAGGCAUUUCGGUUGUACCUUGUCACAUUGUGGAUUAUAGCAUGAGCUUGUUGCAUCUGCAUCGACAUUUUCAACAUUGCCAACAGGAAGGAGUUCAUUUUGGUAUUCAACUUGAAGUACUUGAAAAUGCAGAAUUCAUUCAAUCCUUAUUACCAAUCGAUCUUGUAUUGGGCUUAGCUGUAGGCUUAGCCGAUGGACGUCUUGUGCUGUAUGACCUAACAGAUAUGCAAGUGUUUUAUGUUGCCCCUCCGCAAGAACGAUCAUCGCCGCUUGUUAAAAUAAGCUCCAUGGAACCACCAGAUGACCCACGUCCCUGCGUCUAUAUCUGGGCAUUUCAUGAAAACUAUCAAAAUUCUACAGCUGUAAUGCAUUCUCUAAUGUAUGAGAAGAGAGUUGUAACCGAUGGUGGAUUUUGUUACUUUGAAAAUUUUCAAGUAUCAAGUGUGAGGUUACAAUUGCCAUUAAAUUGUCCCAAAAGUGUUCCAAUUGCAUGCCAAUCGAUUACCAAAGCACCAUCGCAUGGAAAUGAAGAAACAAUAUCUCUCUGUGCUCUUGUUUGGAAACAGGAAAAAGAACUCCAAACGGAGAUACUACUCUUCGACAUAAAUCAAUGGUACAAGGAAGAAAUGCCCUAUGUUGGUGAUUGGAGAGAGGAUCCUAGCUAUUUGGCCUCAUUUGUUCUGCCAGGGUUUUCCUGUUUGGAUAUGUAUUUCGACUCGAAUACAAUUUCUCUCUUCAAUUCUAUUCAAAGACCUGAAGAACAUUUCUAUCCCAUAUCACUAAGUUUUGAUUCGAUUGGACUUGAAGAGAAGGGCUGCCACCACUUAAAUUGGCCGGGUAUUCAAAACAGAGUUGUGAAUGUGUUAAGAUCCCAAGGAUCAUUGGCAUUGUUAGAUCCUAAUCCAAUUUUUAUGGAAGUUUUGAAUGCGCGUUUGCUGCCGCAGUUUUGUGGGCUUAAUUAUAAAGCUACAUUCUCAGUGAAAGCAAAAAGAGAAACUUUGUUAUCAGUGGCAAUAGAAAACAACUGCAAUGGACUACUGAAGGAAUGUGCGAAAAAUUGGUCAGACGGUAGUCACCAAGGGACGUCUCUAAAUGAAGGCCUAGCGCUGUCCACCUUGACUGAUUGGCUGUGGUCAAGAGCAUCAAGUAUCAAAGAACGCUGUAACAAAUUGUGCAAAGUACUGUUUGAUCACUCGGGUUACACACUUGAUCAGCGUGAGAAACAAGAGCUUUGUUAUAUCUCCAAACAACUUCGAACAUUAGCCGAUCUUUCGAGUGAUAUAAUUUCAAAGUAUGGUGAAAAUAUCCCAUCCGAUGUUUUGAACACACUCGAAUCUCAAGGCAAUUCAAUUCGCAUGGCAUCAGAUUACCAGGAAAUACUUUUGUGGCUACUUAAUAUUGGAUUGCUGCCUGAAGGUUCUCGUUUGCAAAGACAUCGUGAGGUGGAAUUGAAUCUCGUGCCGUAUCCGUACGAAUCGUUGCAUGGCUUCUAUGAGAAACGCAGAGCGGAAUUUAUGCGAUAUUCAUCGCGUAAAGCACGAAGCUGUUAUUUGUUGUUUAUUGAUUCAUUUCUAGAACACUCAUUCAAAGGUAAUGCCUUGAGAGAUAGCUGGCAGGAAAGUGGUGGCGAUGGAUUGUAUCCACCAAGGUCGGUGCAAGCAAUGCUUAGGAUUAUGCUAAUACCAGACGUUUUGUUCGAGAAUAAAUGUGCAUUGUUUUUGUACUUUUUCCUCGAUCUAAAUAUGGCAAUCGAAGACAAACGCUAUGAACCAAUAGUUCAGAAUUUUAUAAAAUUUCCAAGUGUGUUUAAGCUGUCGGCGUCAUUGAUUAAGCAAAUUCAGGCGUUUUGGAAUCUAGAUCACUGUCAUUUUCAGGCUGCAGUCGAUGAAUUUAUUUCACCCUUCAACAAAGACCAUGUGUGCCCCCAGUGGCAAAUUGAAUUGUUCAUAGCAUCGCUUCUAAAUCAGAUUGAAUCAAACCUCGCCCUGAGAGUUCUCGAAGCCAAAUCAUUGCCCAUAUCACCAAUUCUUCAAUUGAAUACAUACUUAGCAAAUGACCUUAUAUCAGAAGCGUUUCAUUUUGCUCGAUCUGAAAAAGAUGAAGAACUGCUAAAGCUUUUCUUUAGUCGAUGUUUGUUAAUGAAGAAGUUCGGAGUUAUUCGCGAUCUAGCGCUAACCGAUAGCGAAGGAAAACUGGUGCAGUCACUUUUGAAAAACAGUAAGAACCGCAGCGCUGAGGAUCUGAGUUUUGUUUAUCUGCUCCAAAAAUACAAAUACAUUGAAGCUGUUGCCUAUCAAGAUGAACUUUCAAAGGGAAGAGACAUGCAACGUUCGGUUGAUGAAUUGUCAAAGAGUCGAAAUAAUCAGACGGCAUUGGAUAUUGAUACUGCAACGUUAGUUUUAUCUGCUUAUCACACUACCAUGACUCCGGUCACAAAGAACAUAUCUGAUGUGUACUUGAAGAUAAAGAAACGAAUUAAAAACAAAGAAACCGAACAAAACUCACCAUACCCGCUGAGUUGUCAAUUGAUCAAACAGAAUGCUUCUGAUCUUCUUGGUGGUAUUUAUCACAGUUCUGCGUUGGGCGCUCACUUUGCUAGUCACUACUGGGAUCAACAGAAGGUGGAGGGAGGAAAUGCCUUACAGCAAUCUACAAAUGCUCCCUUUCUUAGAAGCCCUCAGAUUUCUCUAUCAUUUUCCGAGUACAAUCCAAGAGAUACCAUUUCAUAUCCGGAACCGUUUAAAGCAGCCCAAAAACGUCGCCUUGACAACAGUCCCAUUGAUGCGGAAAAAACGAACAAAAUUCGUGAAAAUCCCAAGAAGCGACGAAAGAUCUUCGACCGUUAUGACUUUGAAUUGUCAACAUCUGAUAAUUUGUUGACUCAUUUCAAAAAUUCUACAUCUUACAAUCAGAAUGUGGGUUCUUUAUCAAAGAUCCAUCCUCAGAAAACACCAUCACGAGAUAAUUCAUUGUUCCUGGAAACUCCCUAUGUUGAGAAUACUCCUGCAGAUAACUCAAGGUAUCAAAUGCCCCAAAAAGAAGUCGCUACUCUGCCUGGUAUUCUUAAAGUCAGUCAACCAAAAACAUCGAUAGACGAAACAGACCAUGUCAGAGGAGCUUCUGAAGAACUCGAGAAAAAGAAAGAAUCCGAAGAAGAAAAGAGCAUCCGUUUUACUUUGCCAGUUGAUGAAUCACUAGAGCAGAUAAAUGAAGAAGAUGUUUUAAUGGAGAAUGAAGAUGUAUUGAAAAAGUCCGUAGACCAUUUACAACAACAACCACGUCCAUACUCUGGCCCAGCAUCAAGGAAAUCCCUGAGAUCCACAGUUAACUACAGUUCCUUACUUCCCAUGAGUAAAAAUGAGCUCCAAGACAUUUUAGACAAAGUGAAAAAUGAACAGAAUAAACCAGGAUUGUUGGGAAGUGCAAAAUCGACUAGUAUUUUCGAAAGCAGUAAUUUAACGUCAAAAUUAUCGUCUCGAGACGUUUCCCCGAAAUUAUCCGAUGUGUUACAAGUGACUGAGCCAAAACCCAGUGAAGACAUUGAUGACGAUGCCAAAAAUAACCAACAAGAAAGAAGAUCUGGUCCAGAAGCAAGAAAAUCACUAAUAACUACAACAAACUACCGAUCUUACACUCCAAUCAGGAGAAAUGAUCUUCAAGACAUCUUAGACAAAGUCCGGAGUGAGCAACCUAAACAUGGUUCUGUAUUAAAAACAACAAGUAUUUUCGAAAGCAGUACUUCAGUACUAACAUCAACAUCGAAGGCCGAUUCUCUGAAUCCUCCUGAUCCAAAGAAAAACUUAGAAUUUGAUGCCAAUAAUGAUCAACAAAAGCACUUUACAAGUUUUAGCUCGAAGAGCGAAACCAUAACCACAUCAUUCGGCAUUCCCAAUGUCUCAAUCACGGAAUCUGAACCGAAAUUGGUGUCAAUGGAUUUCACCGCCAACAAACCGGAGAAACAACCCGAGAAGCCUAAUAUAAGUCAGUUCGAGUGUUUGUCGAACUUAGAUUCUUAUCAAAGCUCAAAAUCAAUUUCAUCAAAAAGAGCCCUCUCCGAGAGUUCUGAAAGCAAUUCAAGUGAUUCAGUGCAACGUAAGAGUAAGCAAUUUAGAGGCCGUGCCUCAAUACAUCGUUCUGUGGAAGAUGUUUCAAUUAAAAAAACUGAGACGGUAGCUCUGGAAGUGGAGAAAAUACCAACAACUAUCCUGCAAGAAACCAGAGCAGUCUUUAGCACAGACACAAUUAUCGAUUUCAAACCUCAUACGUCGUCUUCUAAAGUUUGCACAACCGAAUCAAAGUUUAACAAAGUUGGCUUAGAACAUCCAAGAGCGGAUUCUAAGUCAUAUUCUGAAAAAUCUCCCUCAAAAGUUACCUUCUCGGAACAAACAACUGUUAUUGGGGAACUAACGUAUUUGCCAACUAUGGACGUAUCACGAAAUGUAACUGAAGCACCGACUACCAUCCCAAUGACGGCAAAUGAAAAAGAACAGAUGCUAGACACUACAGUUGGGAUGAGCCUAUAUGACACUAUGGGCUUCGAAGAGAAUCCUCUGGAACACCAACCGGCCAGUGAGAACUCGUGCAGUACGGAUACUUUUGAUAACAAUGAUGAGGAUGUGGACUACCAAGAAGAUGAAUCUGAAUUGAAAAAUUUGAAUGUUGAUGGAAAAACAUCAGAAAAUGGAGAUAGUGGUUCGUCCAUUAUUUUACUUUCGUCACGAAGUAGCUCACGUGCAGUUUCUGGAAGCGAAGAUUACAAAAGUCCAGAAUUUGAACCGAAUGAAAUUACACAAAGACACAUUUCUAUUGACGAUGAAGAUGAUGAUGAUGAUGAAGAUAAUUAUUUUGGAGAGAAUUAUGAAGAUAACGAUGAUGAUGAUGAAGAAGAAAAUGAAAGCAAUGAAGAAGAGGAAGAAGAAGACCAAGACGAAAGUGUAGAAAUAAUUGAAAGUGAUGGCUCUGGAGACCUUAGCAAUUCAUUUUCAAAUAAAAUUCGUGAAGUUACUUCAACAAGUACGAGUUCUUCAUUAGCGAGUAUUGCUAUCAGUGAAAAUUCAUCAAAUUCUGCAGUUUUACUGCAAGAGACAAUAAAGACUAAAAAUUAUAGCGAUUCAUCAAAUUCGGAGAGUUUAACUUCAUCGAAGAAACUUAAAAAAUCUGAUUCUAAUCAGCAGACGGAAAAAAAUGAGGAUGAAAAAACACUCAAUGUCAGCAAAAAUACAAGUGAACCAGAAUUUAAAUUAUCUGUAACUUCUGAAAGCAUACCAGAACAAGUAACGAUUGAUGUAACAAUCGACGACGAUGCUAAUGCAGUCAACAAAAAUUCUGUCCAGGAUCGUCCAGCAGAAGAAUCCAUUGCCAUCGAACAAAAUGAUGAUCAGCACAUUAAGACAAAUACAGAUAUACAAAUUAAAGUGCAAUGCGUAGAGUCUUUGGCUCAGGAAUCAGAAAAAGAAACGGACCACAGUGGAAAUGUAGAUAAAAGAUCAGAAACAGUUUCACUCGUUGUCCAGGACAAUGAAGAAAGAAUGGAUAUGGAUGACUCUGUGGUUCUGAUCGAAGAAAGAUCUGGUUCACAUGCUGAAAGGGAAGAAAAUCUAGCAAUUGCAAAUGAACAACCCAGAAGCAAUGAAGAGGAAAAUAGUAGUCUUAUUGAUGACCUUAAAAAUAAUCCAAGAAUUGAUCAAGAAGUGGAUAUUGAAAUUUGUGAACCAAAGCUUCAAAAUAAGACAAAUGAAAAUGAGCCAAUCGCAAUAAAAAUAGAUUCAAUUGAAGGAAGCGAAUACCCAAAAGAUAAAUCGGACGUUGUUGAAAUUGCAAGUUCUAGUGAAGAAGUUGAAGAAGUACAGAUAGUUGCAGCCGAAUCAACAGUAGGGGCCGAAAUAUCAAUAAUUAAUAAAGAUGAAGAAAACAAAGAAGUUGUAAUGGAAGAGGAGGAGUCUUCACAAAAACUCCCUCCAUCGGAAAAUCUUAUUGAUGAAAAGGAUGUUGCACCUGAAUCAACUCUCAACGCCAACCUAACAGAAACAAAAUCAAAAUCUGUAGAUGAUAAAAAGAAACAAAAUUUGACAAAAGACGAGGAAGAAUACACGCCAAAACUUAGAUCAACAUCAAUUUCAAAAGAUCUUACAACUGCUGCUGUGGCAUCUCCACGCACUCGAAGACUUUCAAGAAGUGGAUCCAUCCCUCCCACGAGGAGUACAACAGAAGUCGAUUCAAGCAUUAACACAGACACAAACAUUUCGAAUGCGGAAUCUGUAGAUGAAGCAAAACAAAAGCCUUCAAUUGAAGACACAGAUCUUACACCAAGACCUCGAAAUAGAAGAUCAACAUCGUUUUCGAAGAGUAUAACCAGCGAAACAGAUGUUGCAGCAUCUCCAUCUACUCGUAGACUUUCCAGAGGUGGUUCUGUGCCGCCUGCAACUGGUCAUCAAAUUGUAACUAGAAGGAGAUCCUUACUUUUGGAAACAUUAGAUGAGACUUCCACUCCCGAUUCCCCCUCAAGUCGAACUCGUUCGAAAAUACGUUCGGAUUCUAUCGACGACCUUGAUGCCGAUAGUCCAUCAGUUGCAAACGUGAAACGUUCCCGGCGUUCAUCUAUUUCAAGUAUAACUUCAAUUGAACAGCCACUAACUCCUAAAACUAGAAGGCGGAGUAGUAUGUCUGUGGACAAAGAGUUGGUAAGUACACCAAAAGCAGCUGCAACACCACGAGCCAGUAGCCUUGUCAAGACUAUGGCUACUGAUGUAACCAAGACACCUGUUAGAACUCCACGAAGGUUGUCAGUUUCGAAAAAAGAAUCACCUCCAGAUGAUACUAGCCCCACUUCUAGCAAGGCAAAAUCUCAGAAAAGAGAGGAAAAAGGCGCUUCAAAAAGUCCCAUAAUUGAACCACCAGAACCUUCACAGACUGAUGAUUAUACACUUUCACGACGUCUUACAAGGACCCAAUUAGCUGCAAUGGAAAGAAAUUUAGCUUUGUCUAAACAACCACCGGUUAUGUCCCCAGUUAUAAAGAAGAGACGUGGCUCUAACACCACAGAUCAUGAAUCGCCACCUGAUGUAAAAGGAAGUGACAAUGAAUCGAAUUCCUCUCGAAUGAGUCAUAUUUCAAAUUCAACAACUGGUCGCAGAGUUACAAGAAGCUUGGCUUUGAGGGAAAGCAUUGCAGACGAUAAAGCAAGUAUUGCUAGUUCAACCGAAAGUUCUAAAAGGAAAAGGAAGAGAGUAAAAGAUCAGAUUUCACCAAUAGCCGCUCUGAAAGUCAUACCCGAAGAGGUUCCUUCAGGUUCGGAGGGAAGUGUUCAUAACAGUGAAACUGGUAAAAGGCCAACUCGUCAUAAGAAAUAAGUGUAAAUACCAAAAUAAGCAUUUAAUAUGUUGCACUUCGUUUUAUUUUAAUAAAAGAUUGUUGAAAGUCAAACAAAGUAAUUUGAAUAUUA